UUUCUCAAUGUUUCGACUUUGUCCGGUAUUGGGUGCUGCCCGGCACUGGGGGAUCUCCCCCUACAUUGAUUGACCGCUUUUUAAUUGCCUUAAGAAUACUAGUGAACAAGUAGUCUAUGCAUCAAGAUCAUAUAAAACUAAAAGGCAACAUUGAGCACAUAAUAGUUAAAGUAGUUGGUACAGUCUGUAAUCGUCCAGAAAAACAGUAAUGUUUCAAAGUCAAGUAAACAGUUCAUAGUACAGAACAGUGGUUUAAUCCAAAUUCAGUGUUGAUCGGUAGAUUAAAACGAGUUGCAAUAAAUAUAACCAUUAAUACGGAAGAUUAUGUGUACCAGUUCGCCGUCAAAUGAACGUUGCGUUGUAGUUCAGUAAUUUCAUAUAGUAAAUAUUGCUACUCUACCCAUUAUCACCGCGACUACCACACCGACGCUCUUAUGUACGUGAACAGUUACAAUUAAGCUAAGUUAGAAUAAUGAGAUUCGGGGAGAAACAUCUUACAUGCAAUCUUAUUGGGCCCUUUUUUACCGAAAUGGUUGAAUUUUUGAAUAGUGAUUACUAGCUCAUGAGGUAUGGAAGUUGAUAUUCUUGAACUUUUUUUUUUUUAAUUUGAACUACCCUAAUAAUCAUCAAUCACACUCUUAGGGCGUGUAAAAGACUACCUGGAAAUUCAUGUGUUUCUUUGUCCUGCAUUUUUGUACCUUCCUUUACUGAAUAUUCCAUCCAUCGUAUACUUUGCAGCUCUCAGUUGCCAAAUUCACUUUGAAUCUAAAUCCAUUCGAAACAAACGGUCUUGUUCUGAGACGAAAAACAAUUAUUUCCAACGAGUUUAUUCAAUUUUUGGUGAUUUAAAUUUCACUGAACGAUGGUAGUCGCCAAAAAGUGGAUCUACGCUAAAGCCUUUUCGGGGUUUCCAACAGUCAACAACUUUCGACUCGAACAAGAAACUAUAGAUGCGAAAUUGAAAGAUAAUGAAUUCUUCGCCGAAGCAAUCUAUCUCAGUGUAGAUCCGUACAUGCGAACCUUCAUGCCGCAGUACCCGGAGGGAACAGUAAUGAUCGGUUGCCAGGUGGCCAAAGUCUUGGACAGUAAGAAUCCGCACUUUCCAACUGGAACGUAUGUGGUGGGUGCCUUCGGAUGGCGUACCCAUUCCGUGUGCAAACCGGAUGAGGUAGAACCAGAAUGGAAACCAUAUCCGUUACCGGAUUUCUCCGGAGAACCACUAUCGCUGGGAAUAGGAGCACUCGGAAUGACAGGCCAGACGGCUUAUUUUGGCUUUUUGAAGAUAUGUAAACCGAAGGAGGGAGAAACGGUGGUGGUCAGCGCAGCAGCCGGUGCCGUUGGGUCCCUGCUUGGACAGAUUGCGAAAAUAAAGGGAUGCAAAGUGAUUGGAAUUGCCGGAACCGAUGCCAAGUGCGAGUGGAUCAAGAGCUUGGGGUUCGAACAUGCCAUCAACUAUAAAACGGCGGACGUGGAAGCCGAACUGAGGAACGCUUCUCCGGAAGGCGUAGACUGUUACUUCGACAAUGUUGGAGGUAGAACGGCGGAAAUAGUGCACAAGCAAAUGAACCGGUUCGGAAGAAUUGCAGUUUGUGGAUCAAUUUCAGACUACAAUAGUGAAGUGGAAACCGUCAGGUUUUCUAAGAAGGAUUUCGCAUCGAAGAAGUUGAAGCGGGAAGAGUUUUCGGUUUUUCGUUGGAACGAUCAACGGUCGGAGGCUAUCGAGCAGAUUUUGAAAUGGAUCAAGGAAGGUAGAAUCAAGUGUCGGGAAACGAUUACAGAGGGGUUUGAAAACAUGCCGCAGGCUUUCAUGGGAAUGUUGGCUGGGGAAAACAUCGGCAAGGCAGUGGUGAAAGCUUGAAGAUUCGAUAAUAAAUACAUGUGUGAUGGGAUAAACUCUAAAUACAAGAAUGAGGUUUGGAUUGUGGAGUCGACAUGGACAUUCGACUCGACCACUCACCAACUUCUACGUGUUACAAAUUUGAU